AUGUUUCUUUCUCUUUGGUGGCAUCCUCAUCUAUGCCAAUUUCAUUUGCAUCACCUUCGUUUGAAAGGAUGGGAUCGCUUCAAAGGCGGUCUGGACGUAAAAAGUGAGUCUGACUUCCUAGUCUUUUUUUUUCUUAUUCUGUACUCUUGUUCUUUUUCUUUUUUCUCCUUCUUUUUCUGUUUAUUCUUUUUUUCAUCUUUCUGUUUUCUUUCUUUUUGUAUCUGUUCGAAUUUCUUUUCCUUUCACUCUUUUUCAUUCUUUCUGUCUUUCUUUUCUUCUCUUUUUCAUUUCUUCAGAUUUUUGAACGUUCACAUCUUCAUCUUUCUACAUUCUAUCUUCCUCGGUUUUCCUUCUUUCCGCUUUUCUUUAAUACUUUCUUUUCUUCUUUUUUUCUUUUUUCUCUUCUCUUCUUUUUUCUUCCUCUAUAUUUCUUUUAUCAUUCACAUCUUUAUUUUUCUUUGUCUUUCUCCUUUUAACUUUCUUUUUUUUCUUUCAUCAUUCCCAUCUUUAUCUCCCUGUGUUCUUUCUUCUACUCUGUUUCUUUUCUUUUUUCUCUUUUUCAUUCUAUUCGUCUUUCUUCUUCCUCCUCUUUCCUUUUCUUUUUAUUUUUUUUAUUUCUCUUACCUUUUUCUUUUUUUAAUAUUUAAUUCCUAUUUUCUUUUAUUCUGUCUUCAUUUUCUUUCUCUCUCUUUCCAUUUCGUUUUUCUUUUCUUUCUUCUCGUUUCCAAUUUCACCAUCCUUCUCUUUUUUUUUUAUUUCUCUUUCUUAUGUCUUUCUUUCAUCAUUCACAUCUUUUAUCUUUCUAUAUUCUUUACUAAACUGUUUGCUUUCUUUCCUUUUUCUUUUUCCCUUUUUUUUUUAUCUUCGUGUUUUUAUCUUCCUGUUAUAUUUCUUCCCUUCAAUGGUUGUUUUCUUUCUUUUUCUUUCUUUGCUUUUCUUCUUUAUUCGUUUUCCACUUUUGACUAUCUACCGGACAGCACGGGAACUGAAUCCCGUUACACAAUUUACGAGGGACACGAGAUAAUGUUUCAUGUAUCGACUUUACUCCCGUACUCUCCGGAUAACAGGCAACAGGUGGAAAGAAAACGUCAUAUCGGAAACGACAUCGUCAACAUUGUCUACUUUGACUGUGACUUUGACAAACAACCAACUUUUAAGCCGAACAUGAUGAAGACACAUUUUACACAUAUAUACGCCGUUGUUAUGUACAGCCAAGAGCAGGAUGCAUACAAACUUUCAGUGUUUUCUGAAGAAUCAGUUCCAUUGUUUGGGCCAGUAUUACCUUCACCUCCUAUUUUUGCCAAUCAUAAAGAGUUCCGCGACUUCCUUCUGGUCAAGCUGAUCAAUGGAGAGAAAGCAGCGGUGAACAACCGUCUGUUCGCCCAGAAGAGAGAGCGAACCCUGGACAUGUUGAUACGCAAUAUUUAUCAGGAGUAUAUGCCAGAAUUAUCCAAGAAUAAUAUAUUGUACCGGAGGGCUUUCAGUGAUGUUAUUGGAGACGGCCAUGGUUCCCGAAGAAAAGAAAGAGCCAGACAAGCUGAGUUCGUCCGAAUUGGACAAACCUUGAAAUUGAAAACAAUCCUUAAAGGUGACGCCCCGACAAGUCAAAUUAAUACCGACAUCCUUAAACGGGAGCCAUGGGAACCGCAGCUUUACUACAGCGAAUUUCCUCACCAAGUGACAUGCGCUGACUCAUGGGAUCUCUCACACUCUUUUUCCUUCGUUCACAACCACCACUCCUUUCCUCCCGUCUACAUAUCCCAUUUUUUAUUUUCCCUCGUUCACACCCCACUUUGUUUUUCUCUCGUCCAUAUCACUCUAACUUUCUUUUCCCUCGUUCAUAUCCUCCACUUUUUCGUCAUCUGUCCGAGUCUCUUUUCUAAUCUUCGUGUCAUCUGUCCGAGUCUCUUUUCUAAUCUUCGUGUCAUCUGUCCGAGUCUCUUUUCUAAUCUUCGUGUCAUCUGUCCGAGUCUCUUUUCUAAUCUUCGUGUCAUCUGUCCGAGUCUCCUUUCUAAUCUUCGUGUCAUCUGUCCGAGUCUCCUUUCUAAUCUUCCUGUUAUCUAUCUUAGUCUCUUUUCUUAUCCCCCUCAUCUGUCUUCGUCUCCUCUUUCACUUAGCCCCCUCAUCUGUCUUCGUCUCCUCUUUCACUUAGCCCCCUCAUCUGUCUUCGUCUCCUCUUUCCCUUACCCUUUCAUCUGUCUUCGUCUCCUCUUUCACUCCCUCUCAUCAGUCUCCGCUUUCACUCCCUCUCAUCAGUCUCCGCUUUCACUCCCUCUCACCUUUCUUCUCUUUCUCCCUCUUCCUUUCUUCUCUUUCCUCCCCUCUCACCUUUCUUCUCUUUCCUCCCUCUCACCUUUCUUCUCUUUCCUCCCUCUCACCUUUCUUCUCUUUCUCCCUCUCACCUUUCUUCUCUUUCCUCCCUCUCACCUUUCUUCUCUUUCACUCCCUCUCACCUUUCUUCUCUUUCACUCCCUCUCACCUUUCUUCUCUUUCACUCCCUCUCACCUUUCUUCUCUUUCCUCCCCUCACCCCUUUCUUCUCUCCUCCCUCUCACCUUUCUUCUCUUUCCUCCUCUCUCACCUUUUUCUCUUUCCUCCCUCUCACCUUUCUUCUCUUUCACUCCCUCUCACCUUUCUUCUCUUUCACUCCCUCUCACCUUUCUUCUCUUUCACUCCCUCUCACCUUUCUUCUCUUUCACUCCCUCUCACCUUUCUUCUCUUUCACUCCCUCUCACCUUUCUUCUCUUUCACUCCCUCUCACCUUUCUUCUCUUUCACUCCCUCUCAUCUCACUUCAGCAUCUGUUUUCUUCUGUCUUUAUCAGUUUGUUUUCUUAUUUCUUCUGUUUUAUUUUCAACUGCUUUUCUUUAAAUUUGAAUCUCAUCCCUAACGUCUCCUUUUUCUCGUGUCUACACUUACGUCUCCUUUUUCUCGUGUCUACACUUACGUCUCCUUUUUCUCGUGUCUACACUUACGUCUCCUUUUUCUCGUGUCUACGCUUACGUCUCCUUUUUCUCGCGUCUACCCCGACGUCUCCUUUUUCUCGCGUCUACCCCGACGUCUCCUUUUUCUCGCGUCUACCCCGACGUCUUCUUUUUCUCGCGUCUACCCCGACGUCUCCUUUUCUCGCGUCUACCCCCGACGUCUCCUUUUCUCGCGUCUACACUUACGUCUCCUUUUCUCGUGUCUACACUUACGUCUCCUUUUUCUCGUGUCUUUCUCUUACGUCUCCUUUUUUUCUUACGUCUCCCUUUUCUCGUGUCUACACUUACGUCUCCUUUUUCUCGUGUCUACACUUACGUCUCCUUUUACGUGUCGUCUCCUUUUUCUCGUGUCUACACUUACGUCUCCUUUUCUCGUGUCUACCCUUACGUCUCCUUUUUCUCGUGUCUACACUUACGUCUCCUUUUUCUCGUGUCUACACCCUUUACGUCUCUUUUUUUUCUCGUGUCUACACUUUACGUCUCCUUUUUCUCGUGUCUACUCUUACGUCUCCUUUUUCUCGUGUCUACCCCGACGUCUCCUUUUUCUCGCGUCUACCCCGACGUCUCCUUUUUCUCGCGUCUACCCCGACGUCUCCUUUUUCUCGUGUCUACCCCGACAUUCUCUUUUUCUUGUAUCUACUCUUUCUAGAUCCUAACUCCCGCCUCAUUCCGUUGCGCCAUCCAUUUACACAAGCUUCCACACUAUCUCUCUAUCUCUCUCUCUCUCUCUCUCUCUCUCUCUCUCUCUCUCUCUCUAUCUCUAUCUCUAUCUCUCUCUCUCUCUCUCUCUCUCUCUCUCUCUCUAUAUCUAUAUCUCUCUCUCUAUAUAUAUAUAUAUCUCUCUAUAUAUAUAUAUAUAUAUAUCUCUCUAUCUCUCUCUCUCUCUCUCGUCCUGAUAACAUUUCUUUUUUCUUUUUUGUUUCUCUUGCAGGCGACAAAUUGGUUGUGGCUACUGAAGUCGGCUUGAUGGUGCUUGAGGAGAGUGUAUCUCCGCGUUUGGUGCUGGAUAAAUCAAUUGCUGCAAAACAAAUCAGCAUAAUUGAACAGCAUGGUCUUUUGCUACUAAGAGCUGAUAAAGGAAAAGACGGUAAAGUCUAUGUGUUUCGAUUAAGCGACUUCGAAGGCGUUGAAGAUGAGUUUUGCGUUAAAUCAAAACUGAACUGCAAGGACAACCGCUUAGAAGGUUCCAAAGGUUGUCAUUUAUACGCCAUCAGUCGACCGUGCGAGUAUCGCCUCCGUCUGGCCGUGGCCGUAUCCAAGCGAGUCCUACUUUACACUUGGAAACACCCUGUAGCAUUCACUACCUGGUGCCCGACGCUGGAAUUUGAUCCUGUCGAAGGUUUCUGCUUUGUUAGGGAAAUCCAAACGGCUGAAGUACCAACCAUCCUGACAUUAGUUGAUGGAAAAGACGAUAACUUUGUUAGUUAUGGUUACAAAAACCAAUUCAAUGUGGUCCACGAAAAAUCGGGUGAGAGCCAUCCGCUUUUUCACGUUGAUGGUAACCGGGUUACAUUAGUCGCAGCAUUGGAUAUUUAUGAAGAUGAUGAACCAGAACUUUUACUCUGCUAUAACCAUAUCAGCCAUUUCCAGAAAUUACGAGAAGAAAUCUCUCAGGAUAUCUAUUUUCAGUGGAACUCAGAACCCCAAUCAGUUGUCUGUGCCUUCCCAUAUGUAAUGGCUUUCACUCCUGACUCAAUUGAAAUCCGUCUUAUCAUUAACGGUAAUCUGGUACACACCAUGUCAAUGCCGGACCUGAGACUGGUGGCUUCCAAGUGUGACAUCUAUUUUAUUUCUUCUGCAUAUUCUGGAAUCUGUGAACGAAGAAAAGAAGAUUCUUCAUUGUCUCCGCCAUCAUCUCCAUCAGGUCAAUUCAUCGGGCACAGAAGUCCCGGCCACAGUGGAUCUUUCCAUUUUCCAGUCCCUCAUGGUAUACUCGAUAACCAUUGUUUAACCGACAUCAUUGAUGUCUUUGACGCCAAAAGUAGACCAUUGAUCUUCAUAUUAACACACUCUUUCUUUUUUUCCUUUUCUUUUUUCUUUUCUAUUUCCCUUUCCUCUUUUUCUUUUCUUUCCUUUCUAUUUUCUUUCUCUUCUAUUUUUCAUUUCUUUUUUCUUUCUAUUUUUCCUUUCUGUUUCUUUCUUUUCUAUUCAUUUUUUUUUAUUUUUCCUUUCUUUUAUAUUUUUCAUUCUUUCUUUCUCUUCCUUUUCAUUCUUUCUUUUCUUUCUUUCUCUUCCUUUUCAUUCUUUCUUUCUCUUCCUUUUCAUUCUUUCUUUCUCUUCCUUUUCAUUCUUUCUUUCUCUUCCUUUUCAUUCUUUCUUUCUCUUCCUUUUCAUUCUUUCUUUCUCUUCCUUUUUUAUUUCUUUCUUUCUCUUCCUUUUUUAUUUCUUUUCUUUCUCUUCCUUUUUUAUUUCUUUUCUUUCUUUCUCUUCCUUUUUUAUUUCUUUUCUUUCUUUCUCUUCCUUUUUUAUUUCUUUUCUUUCUUUCUCUUCCUUUUUUAUUUCUUUCUCUUCCUUUUUUAUUUCUUUCUCUUCCUUUUUUAUUUCUUUUCUUUCUUUCUCUUCCUUUUUUAUUUCUUUUCUUUCUCUUUUUUUAUUUCUUUUCUUUCUUUCUCUUUUUUUUAUUUCUUUUUUCUUUCUUUUCUUCUUUUUUUUAUUUCUCCUUUUUCUUUCUUUUUUCUUCCUUUUUUAUUUUCUUUUCUUUUCUUUCUUUUUUUAUUUCUUUCUCUUCCUUUUUUAUUUCUUUCUCUUCCUUUUUUAUUUCUUUUCUUUCUUUCUCUUCUUUUUUUUCUUUUUUUUUCUUCCUUUUUAUUUCUUUUUUUUUUUUUAUUUCUUUUCUUUCUCACUGUUUUUCUUUUCAUUUCUUUUGUCUUUUUCAUUUUUUCUUUCUUUUCCUUUUUCUUUCCUUUCUUCCAACCGAACAUUAAUUAUUACUAA